GGCUGUGGACGCGGAUAGAAGCAGUGGAGGAGGUCACGAUUCUCUAGGCAUCAUGGGUAGGAAGAAGAAGCGCCCCGCCGCCGCCGCCGUGGCCGCCGUCGACGAGGAGCCCACGGCGGGUUCUACUUCUUCCGCCGCCGCCGCGGAGGCUGAUGGUGGGGAUGCCACGGUGAUUAAUCGUUCGGUGGAGGGAGACGACGGCGGAGAGGAAGCGGUCGCGGUGGAGGAGGAGAGGCGGGAGUCGUCGUCGCCGGAGAUGGACGAGGCGGCGGCGGAGAAGGUGAAGGAGAUGAAUAGGCUUCUCGUCAGGGAGUCCGUCGAGGAGCGGGCGCGCGUUGCCGCGCUCGCCGCGGGCAUCGGCGAGCUGGAGGCGGACGCCGGCGCGGUCGCCGACGAGGAACGCGCGGUGCUCCGGGUGGCCCUUGCGGUGAAGCUCGCCGCCGCCUCCGAUGAGGCCGCGGCGACGCGCGCGCGCCUCGACGCCGCGCGAGAGUCGCUCGAGGCCGCGGAGGCUGCGGCGGCGCGCGAGGCGGCGGGCCGGGGCGAGGCCGCGGCGCGGCUGGAGGCGGCGGCGGCGGAGAACGGCCGCGCCAUGGAGCUCCUCGCGACGAAGGAGGCCGAGCUGGCCGCCAUCUCCGCCAAUCUCGCUGAAUCGGACGCCAUGGUGGCCCAACUGGAGGAGCAGAACUCGCAGCUCCGUGCAGAGAGGGGCGAAUUGGAGAAGCGACUGGAGGAGACGAAGGCGUCGUCUCGCCGCGUUCACACUCAGAAGACGGAGGUGGAAGAAAGCUUCGAGGAGUUCAAGAAGAACACCGAGAAGCACAAGCAGCAGAUGGAGGAGAAGCUUGGGGAAAAAAUGGCGGAACUGAAGCUUUUGACCUCCAUUAAGACAGAAAUGGCGGCGAAGAUUGAGUCCUUUGAAGCCGAGCUCUCCAUGGCCAUGGCUAGGAGUUCGGAAUUGGAGUCAGAGAUCGAUUCGAGCAAGUCAGAGCUAGCUGCAGCGAAGACAGAGGCAGAGAAGCUUCGAUCUGAGGUUGCCGAGAUCGACGAGAAGCAUCGCAUGGCGGAAGCCAAGGUGAAUGAGCUCCAGAUCGAGAUUGAAGAGACGAUGAAGACGAAGGAUGCAGAAGCAUCAGCAUUCAGAGCUGACAAGAUAACAAUGGAGAAAACAUUGGAGACACUGAGCUUGGAGAUGAAGAAGAUUCAUGCAGAGAAGGAUGCUGCUGCAGCCAUGGUUCUUCAGAAAUCCGACGAAUCUGAAAAUCUCAGGGCUGAACUGAAGAAUCUCCACAAAUCGAUCUCCGAGCUCCGCAUCCGCUGCAACGAUCUCACUGAUCACUCCUCUCGCCUCCAAGCUGACAAGAAUUCAGUCAUGAGAGCUCUGAGCAACGAGAAAUCCGAAUCCACCAAGCUGAGACUGAAACUCAGGGAGCUCGAGAGCUAUGUCAGCAACAAGGACAAUGAGAUUGGGAUUCUGAAUUCUGAAGCUGAGGACAGAGAAGGGAUGGUGGAUGGCAUGAGCAGGCAGUUUGAGCAGCUGCGGAUCGCGGCCGCCGAGGCGCAUCGGAGGGGGAAGAACGGGGUUUGGACAUGGAUGUGUCAUCCAGCUACCACCACCGUGCUCGCUGCUGCUUCCGUCGUCUACGCUGCUAGUAGACGGUGAACAGUUUGCUCUGAUACUGGGGUUUUAAUUACUUCUCUUGCUUCAGUAUAUACAAACUUGAAAUAAUAACCAGAGGCUUCGACCUUUUGUUACUUGUUACUAUAUGAUUAACAGUUUGGUGCUAUGACAUGAAACUGAAUUUCUACAGUGCUUAUUUGAGCUGUAUGUGGUACUUGAGAUUGAGUUGUUCAUUGCCCAAAUUAUUCGUAUUGGGUUUU